AUGGCCGAUCCGACAGAAAGAAAAGCAGAGAAAGUUUCGGAAAAGCCAGAUGAUCAACCUUCGACAUCUUCAAGCUCCGAGCCAACGUAAGCUCUUUUCGUGAAAAAAAAACCGAUAGACAACAUUUCAGAGCGGAAGAAGUAAAGAAAAACGAAGAAAUAAUCCGAUUAUGGCAGGCCACUGAUGAAAUUUUGGAGAAUAAGGCGAAAACGAUGAAUUUGACGGCGUUGAACGUGCGAUCGAUUCUCCACCAUCUGAUUAAGUACCCCUCAACAAUUGACACUUUGCUCGGAAUUAAUGAGAAUUCUGAUGUUCCACACGUGAAGAAUCUCCGAUCGAGACGAAAAGUCGAUGAUUCUACACGCUCGUCCGUCCCGCCAACGCCUGAUAAAGUGCAAAAUUUGAAAAUUUGAUAGAGAUUUCAAAUUUUCUAUCUUUUUCAGGCCGGAGUUGGAGGAGGAACAAUCCGAAUUGAACAGCUUCCGCCCAAGAAUUUCCUUGAUGUCGAAUAUCAAGACGACGAUGAAUUCGAUGAAGAUUAUGUGGGACAGUCGCCGGUAUUCAGUUUUAGUACGAUUUUUUAACUGUUCGUUGGGAGAGUUUGCAGAGAGAAGAUGCGGGCACCGAAGAAAGCGAAGAAGACGAAGAAGAAGAAGAGGAGAAUGAGUUUGACGAGGAAGAAGAAGAAGUAGAAAAAAUGGAAGAGGAAAUACCACAAAGGAGUGAGAAUUGUGAUGAGAUAGCAGAAGAGCAGGGACACGUGGCGAACGAUACGAUUUCCGAACUAUUGUUCGAUGAAGAUGAAGAAGAGGUAAACACAAAACAACUCUAAAAAUUAAUCUUAAGUGUUUUGCAGCAAUUUCAGCUCCAAACAGAUCCACUAAACUUAAGCAUGACACUCAACGAACUCAGCGGUAAUCCACGUCCUGAUUCAGCGAUACCGACGCUCGACAAUGCGCCAGACGACGAAGAUCAUUAUCGAGACUUUGUGAAAUCAUUUCAGUGCCCCGAAGCAGGUACUUUUACAUGCGCUUCGGAACAAAAAAUCCACCGCCGAAUUUCGAUGAAAUUACAGAAUUUUUCCGCCAAACACAGGACGAUACCGACGACGAUGACGAAGAUUACAAUGUGCAGGCCGACAAUCUCAACGUGGAGGAUUUCGACGAAAACCGGCAGGGAAAAACGACAGAGAUUCCACGUCACGAGCUGAAAGCGCUGUAUAUGGAUACUCUGUUGGCGGAGAAGGAUAUUCCGAUAAGUGUGGUGCCGGAGACGGCAAUAACAGGCGAGGAUCCGAAGAGGAGUCAUAAAAAAAAGGUAAAAUAACAAUUUUAAAAGCGUGUUUCCUCUCAAAAAUAUUUUUCCAGGAAGCUGAAGUCUACGACCGUCCGAGCACAGCAGCCAGCUCCUCUUCGGAAUCGUGCACUCUUCUCAAAAACGCCCCUGUUUCUUUCCGACGUGAAGAGCUUGAAACGCUCCGAAUGCAAUUGGAGCAGCACGUGCAACUGGCCACCCAGUUCGUCGUCGUCUGCCAUCACGACGAGCAACUCGCGCAAGUACGAGACGCUGCUCAGCUGAUGCUCAACGAGCUUGACGACGUACGACAGGAACGACAAUACGCCACCGUCUUUGAUAUAACGAAUCUCGACGGCGCCAUACGAUCGUGUCAUGAGAUCAAUAAUUUUGAAAAGGUCGACGAGGAGUGGGUGAGAUGGGCGCGCGACACGGAGUUGCACGGGGAGUUUGUCUUUCGACCCGAAGCCGCCGCGGUGAUUGCGAAGAGCAGCGCCAUCAGAUAUCCAGCUCUUCUGCCCUCUGUCCAGCCGGUUAACUUCACGACGCAUUUCCCGUUCACAACGGAAGAGAAUCUGAUGCUCGCCAUGGCACUUCUCCAAUUUUCGCACCUCCCGCGACGAGCGGAAAAGGAACUUAUCGAUCGAUACACGGCAAUUCAGCAGUAUUGUUUGCCGGGAAGAAGCUCCUACACCAUUCGGAAUCAUUUGAAAGCGAUGCGACGAACGGGUAAGACGCCGAUCCAUCAGAUCGUUCAAGCCGCCGAAGAAGGCCGAUGUCUGGUGACAGUCCCCUGCAAAACGUGGUCGUUCGUCGAUUCGUGCAUCUCCGAGUGGCCAGUCAUCUCCCAGCCCAGUUGGUUCCACAAAUUUCAAAGAAAGUUCGUAGUGACGGAUGACAAUAAAGUUCAAUUGAAAUUCGGCGGAAAACUUGUGCUUACGCCCAUGAAGACACUGACAAACCAGCCGAAAGAAGAGGAAGAUUACGUAGAAGUUGGCGUCGGACCCAGUGGACAGACGAUUCUGAUAGAUAGAGAAAAUGUCGAGCAGCUCGUUCAGCAGUUGAUAAAAGAUCAUGAGGUUGAACAGACGGAAUGAGCCGCAUCUGAUAAAGAUAAUGUGAUUUUUCAGAGUUCCCCUGCUAAAAGACGCAAAAACAUCACUCCUCGCAAACUGACAUUCGAAGAGCGAAAUCUUUCAAGCUCCAGUACAAGCACUCCGACUCCGACUCCUCCGACGGCGCCACCAACCAUUUCGAAUAAUCCAUCCACGUCAUCAGCCUUUUCCGAAGAAACAUCGGCUCCAUCAGAACCUUCUCAAAAGGCACCUAACGUCUUCGUUCCGCAAUCAGAAGUAGAAACCAAUUCGCAGUCUUCGUUUCCAAUUCCGCCGACGCCGGGACGUCGACCACCGGACGAGCACGACAUGAUGGAUCUGGAAUCGAAUAGUUUGACGUGGUUUCGACAAGAACAAUCGGUAACUCAAGGAAAUCCACGCACGCCACGUGGAUUCAACUCUGAGAAGCCGCAUCCGACAGAUUUUUCAUCGCUAGGAGGAGGAGAAGGAGAAGUUGUGGAAAAGGUGGCAAUAGUUGAGAAUGUGCAAUCCUACAUAGCAAUGGAAGAUGUCGGAGAAUUCGAGGACUACUUUAUUCCGGCGUGUCAAGUUCCGAUGGGAACCGCCGGCGUUUCAGAAGUUCCGAUGGAGCUCUCGAAUUCGUCAUUCAAAUCAACGGAAUCCACGUCGUCGGAUCCACAGAAGCGCUCCGAAUGUACGGAAACAGAAGACGAUAAUUCUCUGACCGGACUCGAUAUGGUGCCUCCAGAAUACGAGGAUGACCCGGAAGAGUCGCCAGUUAUACGACAGAUACUCUUGAACUUUAGACCGCCGUUGAGACAGGUAUUAAAUGUGAAUAAGACUGAAAUUGAAUUCAGUUUUUUUUAGAGAAAAGUAGCUGCUGGAGAUCCGACUUUGAAGGCAUCGCGAAAGAGAACGAGGAUCGAACGGGUACGCACAACAAUUAAGAACAUUUGUAAGUAUUCAAAUUGCUGAGAAUUUCAGGAAACUAUGGGAGCAGUUGGCCUCGAUGAUACGGCUCUUCACGAGCAACAGAAGGUGGCAUUCGUUCGAAAAAUCAUUGAAGACGUCAGACAACGACUGUUUAUGCACAGAAACACGUGGCAAAGAUUGACGACGACGAUGACGGAUUCGAAAGGGACAGAAGAAGAAGUAAGAAAUUGGAUCUUUUUUUCUCAAACAAAAUCAGAUUGUAGAGAAUUCAACGGAUGUCAGUGAUCCUCUCCAAUCAUCCAGAAGUCCUCAACUUGUUACUUCUCUUUGCUCCGCCCGAAUCCCUUCCGCCAACAUUCAUAGCCAACUCUGAUUUCCAGGCGUACAAAGAUGCGGUGCAAAUGAUACUGGACACUGAGGUUUCCGUCCAACUAUAAAUCUUUCAUAAAAUAUUUAAACACAUUACAGCGCUACGUAAUUGGGGCAAAGCUGAAAGAGCCGAAACUCAGCAGUCUAUUUCGAUACAUUCGAAGUUUUUUGGAGGAAGAACCCGAUACGACGGAUGAGCAGGCGGCUGCCAAAUUCUAUAAACUGCUCGGACAAGAUCGCCCGUUAUGGUCGAAAAUCGAAAAGGGCUUCCAGUGCCUUCCGUUCAAACGGAGCCAGGAUCUGGAGAAGUUUGAAUACGUCGAUUUGACGAGAAUUGAAAAGCUGACGACGAGACGAGAACGCAAAGAGCACGUACGUUCGCAUAGAGUUAUAUUGAAAAUCUGUAAAAUGAUAUUGUAGCACUGUAUUCCGAAACACUACGAACGCAUUGACGACAUUGACGGACUACUCAACACGGGACCGCUCCCGCAGCCGCAACAGGAGAAGCCCUCGAGUGAGAGAGGGACGACUUUGAUGGUGAAGUGCGGAGAACUCUGCAUUCGGAACGAAUCCGACGAUUCUUAUGUUCAGCUGGAAGUAACUGAAAGAGUGAGAAAUUGCCGUUGUCUCGAAUUUCCACAUUUCGAUUUCAGCAAUGGACCCGAAAAGACGACAUUUUGCUGUUGACCAAGUUCAACGAAGCUGUAGUUAACGAUCCGAAUUUCCUGGAACGCGAAAUACCUUCUCGAGUGACAGAACUUCAGUUCGGAGCCAAAUCGAUCGUGGCACGCCUCCAAUACUUGCUCUCAGAGCUGAAAAAUACCGAUUGA